CAGGGCCAGGGCCAGCCACCUUGCACCAAGCAGCAUCACUGCCAUCAGCAGCAUACCACUGCAUACCACUGCAUACAUCACUGCCAUCAGCAGCAUUGAUCGAGCUCUGAAAAGCAGACCAAAUGGCGGCAGUUUCCUGCUGGUCACAACCGCUUGCUCUUCUGCGAGUCCAGGGGCUGCAACAAUCAGAUGCGCCACAGCUGAAACACUUUCGGAAGGGGACUCACCUGUCCACUCAGAGGCAACAAUGUGGAGCAUGCAGAAGGGUCGAUCAACUGUUUGGCUCGCAUCUGGCAUCAGGCCGUCAGGAUUCCUUUUUGGGCAACCGGCAGCUCCUUACAGCUGCUUCUUCCGCUGAGCACCAAAACAGUGCAAAUGUAGAAAGAUGGAAUGGGGGCCGUGCGGUGGCCGUGCUGGACUUUUUGCAGAGGGUCGUUCCUGCAAAGAAGCCGAGUGACAGGGUGACUCUGGGACCUUUGAAAGUUUCCCCUAUGGGAAUUGGUACUUGGGCCUUUGGGAACCGUCUCCUAUGGGGAUACGAAGAGGAAAUGGACGGCGAGCUCCAAGAUGUUUUCAACCUGGUGGUGUCACGGGGAAUCAAUCUGUUCGACACAGCUGAUUCUUAUGGAACUGGCAGGCUGAAUGGCAAGAGCGAGCUCUUGCUAGGAAAGUUCAUCAGGGAGUACCCAGGAAGUGAAGAAUCUAAGGCCAACAUACAUGUGGCCUCAAAGUUCGCACCAUAUCCCUGGCGCAUCACUACUGGGCAAAUGGUAGAUGCCUGUAAAGCGUCGGCAAAGAGACUGCAAAUGGAGCAGGUUUCAGUGGGACAGCUCCACUGGUCAACGGCCAACUAUCAGCCGCUGCAAGAACGCGUGUUGUGGGACGGCCUGGCGACUAUGUAUGAAGAGGGUUUGGUGAAGGCAGUGGGUGUGAGCAACUACGGGCCGAAGCAGAUGCUGAAGAUCCACAAAUAUCUAGAGGUGCGGGGCGUGCCUCUCGCAUCAGCACAGGUCCAGUACAGUCUCAUCAGCUCAGGGGGGAUGCAGCAAGAGAUCAAGGCCGUAUGCGACGACCUCGGAAUCAGGCUGAUCUCCUACUCGCCCCUUGGCCUGGGCAUGCUGACCGGCAAGUACUCCGCAGAAAACGUGCCGAAGGGUCCCCGCGGCCAGCUCUUUAGGCAGAUCCUUCCGGGGCUUACACCGCUGCUCGAGACUAUGCGAGCGAUUGCUGCGGGCCGAGGCAAGACGCUGCCGCAGGUGGCGAUCAACUGGUGCGUUUGUAAGGGGACCAUACCAAUUCCGGGUGCGAAGUCGCUCGUGCAAGCUGAGGAGAAUCUAGGAGCCUUAGGUUGGAGACUUACUGACGGAGAGAUCAGAGCGUUAGACGAUGCUUCAACACGGAUACCAAGGGGAAUGAUUCAAAACAUUUUUCAGACAAAGUGAAGAGGCUCGUGCGUUGCCACGGAAAGAUCAGGACGGCCCGAGAAGUCCCUAAAGCCAGGGUGCAACUCAAGCUAACAGCUGAACUGGCAAUCUACAAAGUCAUGGUUCGCUUGACGGAGAUUCAGGUGCUUUCUGAAGUAACGCGUGUAGUAAUGAGCCCUUUCUGGGCGAUCACUGUCCCUAAGCUGGUCAAUUGGUCUUUGGAAUUCGAGAACAAAAGCCUUUGUGUGAAGAAGAGGCACUCUCAUUAUACUUACGCCGCGCAGUGACCCCAAUCGAAGUUGUGUACCCG